AUGCCUUCUUCUCCCCCCGCCACCCCCUCUCCUCCUGCCGCCUCCCCCUCCCCUCCUCCCACCAUGCCUUCUCCUCCUCCCGCCACCCCCUCUCAUCCUCUCACCAUGUCUUCUCCUCCUCCCACCAACCCUUCUCCUCCUCCCGCCACCUCCUCUCCUCCUCCCGCCAUGCCUUCUCCUCCUCCCGCCAUGCCUCCUCCUCCCGCCAUGCCUCCUCUUCCCACCAUGCCUUCUCCAGCUCCUGCCAUGCCUUCAUUCACCCCCCGCAACCCCCUCUCCUCCUCCUGCCAUGCCUCCUCCUCCUCCCGCCACCCCCUCUCCUCCUCCCACCAUGCCUUCUCCUCCUCCCGCCACCGCCUCUCCUCCUCCCGCCAUGCCUUCACCUCCUCCCACCGUGCCUCCUCCUCCCGCCAUGCCUUCUCUGGCUCUCGCCAUGCCUUCUCCUCCUCCCGCGACCCCCUCUACUCCUCCUGCCAUGCAUUCUCCUCCUCCUGCCAUGCCUUCUCCUCCUCCCACCAAGCCUUCUCCUCCUCCCGCCACCCAUGUCUUCUCCUCCAUGCACCAACCCUUCUCCUCCUCCCGCCACUUCCUCUCCUCCUCCCGCCAUGCCUUCACCUCCUCCCGCCAUGCCUCCUCCUCCCGCCAUGCCUUCUCCUCCUCCCGCGACCCCCUCUACUCCUCCUGCCAUGCCUUCUCCUCCUCCUGACAUGCCUUCUUCUCCCACCAUGCCUUCUCCUCCUCCCGCCACCUCUCCUCCUCCCACCAUGCCUUCUACUCCCCCCGCCAUGCCUUCUCCUCCUCCUGCCAUGCCACCUUCCUCUUCUUACCAUGCCUUCCCCUCCUCUCACCAUGCCUUCUCCACCUCCCGCCAUGCCUUCUCCUCCUCCCGCCAUGCCUUCUCCUCCUCCCGCCACCCCCUCUCCUCCUCCCACCAAGCCUUCUCCUCCUCCCGCCACCCCCUCUCAUCCUCUCACCAUGUCUUCUCCUCCUCCCACCAACCCUUCUCCUCCUCCCGCCACCUCCUCUCCUCCUCCCGCCAUGCCUUCUCCUCCUCCCGCCAUGCCUCCUCCUCCCACCAUGCCUUCUCCGGCUCUCGCCAUGCCUUCUCCUCCCGCGACCCCCUCUACUCCUCCUGCCAUGCAUUCUCCUCCUCCUGCCAUGCCUUCUCCUCCUCCCAUCAAGCCUUCUCGCCAAUGUCUCGUCGAGUCUUGA